AUGCCGAUGUUUCAGGACCCGGACCAUGAGCGAUUUUAUGGCUCAUGGUCUGCGGAACAUAAUCAGAACUAUAGUCAAAAUCGAGGAUAUACAGUCAUGACGGAUAACAGAAGAACGGAUAGGAAGGACGGUGAUAUGAUGGAGAUCUUUCAGGCGGAUGAGCAUCUGGACUAUCACCAGCACCACCAGCCUGAAGGGUUGCGGUUGCAGACGGGAGAUAGAGAGAGCAUUAUUAAUUAUCCUGCUACCCAGAAUCAAUCCUCCCAGUCGUUUGUCCAUGUCUUGCAACCGGAAGAAGAUGUUCCAUCAAACAACGGCAAAGAUGCGCCAGUGUCCGGUGAAAAGGAAGUCUUAGCAACCCCCGCUGAAGUCGAACGGCCCAGGUCGGCCUUGCAUUCGGGGGACUUCAGAGAAGGCGCUGCGCAAUUGAAAAUCCAAAGAGACUCGCUCUCUUCUUUCUUGGGCCGCCAGGAUCAUCCGCAAUCACUCCGCCUUGCCUCUUCUCCUACGACUCCCUGGUAUACACCGUCUGUUUUCUCGCGGAAAGAGAAUGAGAUCAACGGCAAUCAUCGGCAGUCUCUUGCGUCUGUUUCUCGCGCGCGGGCACCUUCGACCGGAUCUCUUUCGUCCAGCUAUGUCCUCAAAGCUCCAACCAGCCCGCUGGUUCACCAGGCCAACAAUACAGAUCUGGACUUCUCGCCGAAGGUCGAUCUGAUGGACUUGUCCGAUAAUGCAGACAGGGCCAACCGCCGUCGCACUCUUCCUCCUCCUAAGACGACCCAGCAGCUUGCAUUGUCGCCUUCCGAUCGACCUGGGGCUAUUAAUAUCAGCAGGUCGCACACGACCGUUCGGAGGGAGGCAACAUUCCCAUAUCAGGCGCACCAGCCACGGAAGUCUUUGACUUCAUCCUACAGUUUGCAACUAGCGUCGCCCCCGCGGUCAUAUAUGCCGCGGCCCCGGGGGCCCUCGUUUACCUCCGAUCUUUCUCCUAUUCACUAUGCCCCGAUGGUCGGUUCAUAUGAAGAAUCUAUCCUCCGUGGCAGGAUGUCAACCACGCCCUCUAAACCACUUGAUUUCACCGCUCAGAUCGGUGUGCUUGGCAAGGGCAAAUGUAAAGCCAAUCUUAAAUGCCCACCACAUGUGACAGUAGCCUUCCCCGCGGUCUUCUAUAGCUACCCAAAUUCGGGGAACGGCCGCUCCAUCUCCGACGACAGCCCAAGCCCAUAUGUCGGUCUCAUCGAUCUCGAACACUCUCUGCCCAAAGACGAUUCCAGCAGCAGUAAGUCUCGCAGAGCUCACACAAGUCCGUCACGGACAAUCCCUAGCCGCAACCUGGGCGAUGAGGGUAAUCCGCAAAUGCCGUACGAUGAUCAGUUGGAGCGUCGAAAACGUGAGAAGAAAUCCCGGAGAGCUCAGUCGCCCAAAGCACCACCUGGAGGUUGUUACCGCAUCCCGCAGCAAGGCCAGCUGCAGAUUGUUAUUAAGAACCCCAACAAGACUGCAGUCAAGCUUUUCCUAGUUCCAUAUGAUCUCAGUGACAUGGAGCCAGGAACAAAGACAUUCAUCAGACAGCGAAGCUAUUCGGCUGGCCCCAUCAUCGACAUGCCCCUGACGGCCCGGAAGAAUUACGGUACAGACCGUCCGGAGGCGUCACUGAAUCCUACCGAGGAUCCGAAAGAUAAACCGGUCCUCAGAUACCUUAUACACUUGAAUAUAUGCUGUCCUUCUAAGGGGCGGUAUUACUUAUAUUCUACUAUACGGGUCGUUUUCGCCAACCGUGUCCCGGACGGCAAGGAGAAGCUACGAAAUGAGACGCAGUAUCCGGAGCCGCGCUACAGUGCUUAUAAGCCUGCGAGGGACACCACCCUUGGCACCAGUGUUGCCAAAUCGGCUAUGGACAGAUCGUUCCGCAGACGGAGUGCAGGCAUAGGUUUCUCGGAAGGUCUGGUCUCUUUCGACGGCGCUCCUGGGCCGACUCCGUAUGCACAUCGCUUCUCUCCUGCCUCCCCGAAUGUCGCGGCUAUUCCGUUUUCGUUAUCCUCAGUUCCAAGAGAGGAGCAUCGAUCUCUUCCCAAUGUUGAGCACGGCCUCUUUGGCACCGGCACUACCCCCAGUUCGCAAGACACGGGUUACCCCGAGCACAUGGCCGGCUUCUACAAUAAGCUCAGCAAGGGCGACGCAGGUUAUGGUGGCUAUCCUUUCAGUUCCGGCUCGAGCGUCUCUGAGGCGGGAGAGAGUUUACUAGCCAAGAGACUUCGAGACCUCGAAGUCAAGAAACAAGAAGAACGGGACUCUGAAUAG